GGAAGCGGCGACUGCGGCGGUGGAGGAGGAGGAAGAAGAAGAAGAGGAAGAAGAAGAAAAGGAGGUGGAAGCGGAAGAGGAAGAGGAAGAGGAAGAGGGAAAAGCAGACGAACCGUACGAAUUCCUGAUCCGCGCGAGAUAAAAAAGACGGAACACAGGUGCAAAGGGCGCGAUACCUUUGCGGAGAGAGAGGGAUCGGUGAUAAAAUCGGUAAAGCGUAGCGAUGAAGUCAAAUAUCUGAUCGCUCGCUUUGCGAGGGAAACCGAUCGUAACCGAUCCGACUAAGAACGACCUUGAGCAAGAUGGUCAGGGGGGCGCUGUUACUACUCUUGCUAGUCCUCUUUGGUGCCUUCGACGUUCCUGGCAUCGACAGAGUUCGUAUCAAGUAUCUAGCGAAGGCUGGUAACACCUGUAACGCUUGUAGGAUGCACGAAGAGAUCAGAGCCCUCAGCCUCGAAGCUAUCAAGGAACAAAUUUUGAACAAGCUCGGCUUGAAACAAGCUCCGAACAUGACGGGCAGAGCUCUGCCAAGAAUUCCGCCGAUUUCGAAGUUGAUGGAUAUGUACGGAAUGCAGGCCGAUCAACCUCAACCUCUCGAGCCCGGUACUUCUCAUUACGAGGAGAUCGACGAAUAUGCUGCCAAAACAGAGAGCGUCUUCGCCCUGGCACAACCUCAUCAGAGGCUACGGCACUCGAAAGGCAGCUUCGACGUUCUCUAUUUCAAAUUCUCCGACAAGGUAAUCCAGCAUCGCGUGACGAGGGCGGAAUUAUCCCUGUGGAUAUGGGGAAGCAACCAAGAGUCCUCGGAACUGGACGAGCCCAGAGAUUUGGAAAGCACGGAAAGUCACGAAGAUGGUCCAGUGACGAUCACGUUGCAAAGGAUCCUUCGUGGCACGACGGAGACCGGUGGGCCAUCGUUGGGUCCACCUUUGACCACGAAACACCCUCGGCCGGUCGGUUGCAGAGGCAACUGGGUAACGAUCGAGUUAAGAAGAAUGGUCGCCGAAUGGUUCAAACAUCCACGGGAUAAUCUGGGAGUAGCGCUCAAGAUCUCCAGUCCCGGAGCCAAUCAUCGCAGAAACGCGAAGUUGGUGGAGACUAAUCCCGGAGCUGAAUACGCGCCGUACCUCGAAGUACAGACGCAAGAACUCGACUCGAGAAGAGGGGCGAGGAUCAAGAGAAACGUGGGACUUAAUUGCGACGAAGCUAGCCAGGAGACCAGAUGUUGUCGAUACAAGCUCACCGUCGACUUUGAGAAGUUUGGGUGGGAUUGGAUAAUCGCUCCCAAGAAGUACGAUGCCAAUUACUGCUCGGGCGACUGUCCGAUGGCCUUCCUGCCAGCAUAUCCAAACACCCACAUCGUCAGCCUGGCGGAACCGCCUAACAACUCUGGUCCAUGUUGCGCCCCGAGGAAACUCUCCGAGAUCACGAUGCUGUACUUCGAUAACGAGUAUCAAAUCGUGUUCUCGCGAUUACCAGGCAUGGUCGUCGAGAAAUGUGGAUGCUCAUAGCUCGAGAAUUAUAGCUCGAGAAGAGCAACGACGGCGAGGAAUAUGCGAAGGCUCGUUUAAUUCUUUUAGAGUCUGCUAUUAAAGAUUAUCGAUAAUUAUUCUGUUUCUUCCCACCAUUUCCAUUUCUCCUCUUUUCUUUUCUUCUUUUCCUUUCCUUUCGUCUUCCUAUUUUUAAGCUUUAUCACGUUACUCCUUUUGUCCGUUCCUCUUUCAUUUCCCAUGAAAAUUCCUUCGAUUUCCAUCGAUAGUCGGUGACCGUUGUCAUCGUAGUCGUCGUCGUCGUUCCGUCUUCGACGAAUUCUCAUUCGAUAGACUGAAAGUGCCUUGUUCGGGGUGGUUUAAGUACCGCAGAUCCCUCCUUAAGGAACACGAGAAACGAGAUUGCUCGUAUAAACUUAACGAAUGCAAGCAGGACAGCGAUCGGAAGAGAUCGACCAAUGUCCGUCUUUUUUAAACUAGUAAUAACGGGCACCUUGAUAGUCGUUUAUGAUUCAUGACAAGGCGUAUAGUUCCUAGAGUCACGGUAUUAUUAUUAAGGUGUCGAUGCGUUUACACCUGAUCUAAGAGAACGACCGCGAAAGAAUUAUUUUUUAUACGGGAGCUUAUCGCAUUUUUAAUCUCUCCUCGGUAACUGGUUUUUAAUGGUCCGUCUUUAUCGAGCUAGGAACUUUUACGAGUCAAUGUAAAACGAAAACAAUCAUCUUAUCGCAAUGUUUCCUUGCGCAUCGUUGCCUUUCUAAAAAAAAAAAAAAAAAAAAAGAAAAAAAAGAAAAAAAGAAAGAAAAGGAAGAAAAGCAAAGAUGCGAAGAUGAAACUAUUCGUUUCCGGUAGUCGUCGUUGAUCGGUGAAAACGUGUUGGCUGACAGAUCUCUGUGUACAGUGAAUCUUUUUUUUCCUAUGUAUCUAUCUUCUUUCUUCUUUAUUCCGUUUCUUUCUCUCUCUCUCUCUUUUUUUUCCAGAGAAAUACACACACGCGUACGAGCUGGCGCGCGCACGUACACACAGACAUCUUCUUUUCAAAUAUACGUACAUAAACGGAAAAUUUUCUCGCUCUCUUCUCCUCUUACUUCCUUUAUUUUUGUCUGGUUUCUCUGUUUUGGUGAGCCAUGUGAAUGCGUGCAUAGGAAAGUGUGUAGGAGUCGUGGUGUAAAUAUGUUGUACCUAGGUCGUACUUUGUCGCUUUUCUUCGAAUUUCCUUGAAUUUCUCACUCCCACCAUCGCCAUGUCCCUCUUCCCCCUUCACCCCGGGAAUCUACGAUAAAAACAUUGCUUACGUACGUAGGCUUACGAAUGCAUGUUCUUUUUCUAAAGUGAUUAUACGGUCCGUUUUUGGUAUAUGUAUAAGUACGAACUGUAACACCUGACUGAUCAUAUUCGGAAUCAACAAGUACCGUUUUUAUUCGAUCGCGAGCCACUGUCGGACUUAACUCUUAGAAGCUAUCGUUCUCAAGAAUAUCGCGUUAAUUGUAUGGGUGAAUUUGUAUUAUUGUUACAUCGAACAUAAGAUGAAAAAUAAAUAAACUUAUGGUUUGCCACUGUAACACGGCGGUCAUAUCAUUGCGAUAAUAUCAAAACAAAAGUCACGAGAAAUUUCAUCCACAAUAGCCUUCGAGGGUUAACGCGACAGAGAACGUUCGUUCGCGCUAUACCUAGACUGUCGAUAAAUCGCGUCAAUCACAAUUAUAAUUUACGUAGGUAUAUUUGUAUAUGUGUAUAUCGUGGCUAACUUGCAGCCUUCGACUUCGACGAAAGUGACGCACGUUUUUAGGAAGAUGAGAUUCAAAGACGUUCGCAGCGGCUACGUUUUUUCAUCAUUUGAUAAAUUAUGGUAGUAUCGUUGCGAUAUUCUAGUUGCUUGGCUGCCAAGUACGCCGACCGAGUGAACGUCCCAGUAUACAUAAGACGUUUUAAGCUCGUUUCUAAGUACGUUAUCCUCAGAUUCUUAGAACUUUCCGUAAUCUUCGUGAUCUACGACAAAGAUAAAAAACGAAGAUAGAAACGGCACGUUCUAUCGUUUUCUUUUUCUUCCUUCUCGAGCGCAAUCAAGUAGUUUUAGGAAUGUUUUCUCUUUUUACAAAUGUUACGGCCUUCUCGAAAUUACUCGUUUUACUUUCUUAACUGUAUGAUAUCGUCACGGUCUAUUAACGUUUGAAAUUCUGCGCAAGUAUGUGUGAAAAAAUAGAAAAAGGAUCUCUAUAGUUCCUCUCUUAUUAAUUAAAGGACCCAUUAUCCCAAGCGUGUAACACCUUUCGCUGAAAACUUUGACAACUUGCAACUUUCUUUCACUUAUUCUCCGAAAUAGCUUGUCGCUACCUUCCUUCAUUGUUUUUCUUUUCCCUUCUUUCUUUUUCCUUGUCCGGUCUCUUUCCCUUUGUUUCCCCUGCUUCCUCGCUCCACCCUCCUAUCCCUUUACGCUCGUUGUCUGCGAACCCCGUUCCUUUUUUCGCCUGAUUUUCAUUUUUCGUUUGUUUGUCAAUGUGUACCUAGAAUUAAAAAUUAAUGGAAUUGUGUACUCUCAGUAUCCAAACAAGGGCUGCGAAUACUGCAUACUUAUAUAUAUAUACAUAUAUAUAUAAUGUGUACUUCCUAGGUAGAGAGUAUUCAUAGAAUAUUUAUUCGCUGAAAUAAAUGGUUUUUCGAUGAAA